UCGAGGCGGUCGCAUCCCAAGUCGAGAACGGGGUGUAGGACGUGUAAGAAUCGGAAGAUUAAAUGCGACGAACACAAACCCUCAUGCAGGAACUGCAUCAAACACGCCGUCCCCUGCGACUUUCUCCAGUCCCAGCGACACUCCUCUUCAUCCGUCCCGCGCUCUCCGGGCAGCCUCUCGACCCCGGGAGGGCCCGUAAACGGCAUCGAUGACCUUUCCCUCAACCUCAUCGACCUGGAACUCAUGCACAACUUCACCACCUUUGCCUUCAACACGCUCUCGACGGAUCCCGUGGUGCGGCAGAUGUGGAAGGUGCCCGUCGUCCGGCUGGCGCUCGAGUGCGACUACGUCAUGCGCGCACUGCUGAGCGUGUCCGCGCUGCACCUCGCGCACCACAGGCCCGAGAGGCGAGAUUUCUUCAUCAGUCGGGCCCUGACGUACCAUCAGAUGGCGAGUCGCACGGCCAUGGGGUUGAUGGGCGCGCUGGACGGGGAGAAUUGUGAAAAGUUGUACCUGUUUUCGGUGUUGACCAUCUUUUUUGCCCUCGCCUGCCCACGCAAAUCCUCAGACUCCCUCAUCAUGGGCGAAUCCUCCUUCCCAGACUGGCUCUUCCUCCUCCGCGGCACCCGCUCCCUCCUCAAAGAACUCGACCCACACGCCUACGCCGGUCCGCUAACACCAAUGUUCAACCACGGCCGCGAGCGCUACAUGCACACGCGCGACGAGUCCAAGAUCCAAUCCGACCUCCUCGCGGAUCUCCAGCGCCUCGUCAACAAAACCUGCGCCGACGCCGCGCUCCUGCCGAUCUACAACCGCGCCAUUGACGAGCUGCGGCGGACGCUAAGCGUGUUCUUGUGGGAUGGGGGUAGAGGCAUGGAUAUCACGGAUGCGUUUGUGUGGAAAUAUCUAAUGGCGGAGGAUUUUUUGCCGCUGUUGAAGAGUCCUGGGCACACGCAAGAGGCUGUUGCGAUUUUUUCGCAUUUUUGUAUUUUGCUAAAGAGGUUGGAGAAUGAGUGGUGGCUUCAGGGAUGGGCUACGCACUUGAUUUCGAGGGCGUGGGCUGUGCUGGAUCAGGAUCAUAGGCUUUGGAUUCAGUGGCCUAUUGAGGAGCUUGGGUGGGUGCCGCCUUGA